CACCCUCGAUUGCAUAAAUGCACACCAAAGCCAGAUAACUCCUCUUUAUAGUUAGAAACGCCUCUAGACUGUCCAGCUUUCCUUUCAUGCAAUAGCAAUUCUCACCCAUUUGCCCAUUUAAAACCCAUCAAUCUCAUCACCCUCUCUACAAUCCCACCAAACGAAACUCAACUUCUUCUUCUCCUCUCUCUCUCUCUCUCUCUCUCUCUCUCUCUCUGUGAUACGAAAACAACAGCAACAGCUACUACUAUGGUGGUUCUGUCUCAGCCAGCAUUAGACCGCUACUCUCUGAUCAAAACAUGCAGCAAGCCCACCAGCUUGUUGACUGGAAUUCCAGUGGUGGACCUCUCAGACCCUGAGGCCAAGAACCUUGUUGUCAAGGGCUGUGAGUUUGGAUUCUUCAAGGUCGUCAAUCAUGGCUUCCCAAUGGAGUUCAUAAACAGGUUGGAAGCGGAAGCCCUGAGGUUCUUCAACUCACCCCAGUCUGAGAAAGACAGGGCUGGCCCUCCUGACCCAUUUGGUUAUGGCAGCAAGAGAAUUGGACCAAACGGUGAUGUGGGUUGGAUUGAAUAUAUCCUCCUCAACACCAAUCCCGACGUCAUUUCCUACAAAUCCCUCACCCUUUUCAAGGAAAACCCACAAAUUUUUCGGUCUGCUCUGGAUGAUUAUAUUUCGAAAGUGAAGAAGAUGGCUUGUGACAUAUUGGAACUCGUAGUUGAUGGCUUGGGGAUUGAGCCAAGGGAUGUGUUGAGCAGGCUUUUGAGUGAUGAGAAAAGUGACUCGUGUUUCAGGCUAAACCACUAUCCACCAUGCCCGGAGCUCCAAACAUUGGGUGGACGAAAUUUGAUUGGAUUUGGGGAGCACACAGACCCGCAGAUAAUUUCUAUCCUAAGAUCUAACAGCACCUCUGGCCUGCAAAUCUGCCUGAGAGAUGGAACAUGGGCUUCAGUCCCACCUGACCCAACCUCCUUUUUCAUUAAUGUUGGUGAUUCUCUUCAGGUAAUGAGUAAUGGAAGGUUUAAGAGUGUGACGCAUAGGGUUUUGGCCGACCAUGCAAAGCCAAGGAUUUCAAUGAUCUACUUUGGAGGGCCACCUUUGAGUGAAAAAAUAGCACCUUUGCCGUCACUUGUGGGUGAAGGAGAAGAAAGCUUGUACCAGGAGUUCACAUGGUGUGAAUACAAAAGGUCUGCAUACAAGUCAAGGUUGGGCGAUUAUAGGCUAGGUGUCUUCGAGAAAUCUACAACCCAAUGAUCGAUCUGGUCAAAUUUCCCCAUUUUAGCAAAUAUAGGAUUUUGUCAAUGCUCACAAUAGGUACGUUUAAAAAAGUUUGACCCAACUUGCCAUAGAUGGAAAACGUACAGGAUGUUCUUUAUCGUCUUCUUUCUUUUUUAACCUUUUUUUUUUUUUUUUAACCUUUUAAUUUAAAUGUAGCAACAGCCACCUUCUACCAUUAA